ACAUGCACAUUACAGUUGAUACGGUAUAGCAAGUGGUGCCUGAGCCGUCAAAUCACGUACCCAACGCGAACGUAGAGCAAGAACACAGACUUUGCUUAAAAAUGUCGCUCUCAGAAGAACAACUAACCGAGUACCAGGAUGCUUUUGCCCUCUUUGACAAGAGGGGAGAUGGCAAGAUUGAAAUCGGUCAGCUGGGAGCUGUGAUCAGGGCAAUGGGACAGAAUCCAACCCAGGCUGACAUCAAGAGAUUUUCCCAGGGCUACUCUAAAGACCACCGAAUUACCUUUGAGGAGUUCCUGCCUAUCCUUGCCUCCACUCAGAAGAUCAAGGAGCAGGGAACUUCAGAGGACUUUGUCGAAGGUUUGAAAGUGUUUGACAAGGACGGUAACGGCACCAUCAGUGCCGCUGAGCUUCGCCAUGUUCUGACCAGUCUAGGAGAGAAAAUGACCGACGAAGAGGUGACAGUUAUCCUUCAGGGUUUGGAGGACUCACAGGGACACGUCAACUAUGAGGAGUUUGUGAAGACGGUUAUGAAUGGCUAAACGACUGCAGGUGAGUUAUUGUCCAGUGAGUCAUGGGUGAUCGGUCCACACACACACACACACAAAAACUGGAUUUCGCCAAGGUUGCAACUUCAAAUGCACUUGAUGUGCACCUGUGCAGAGUGCGUUUGAUGUAUACUCUUACUUUUGUGUUGUAAGGACAGCAUUCCAAGCUAUGCAUCCCUUGUACAGUUAAAACACGCUGUGAAAUACUGCAAAUAGUCAAUUUGUGUCAAGUAUCCCACUGACAAGGAUCUGAGUCAUACAGGGGGUUUCAAAAUUCAUGACAGACAACCUGUCCACAUCUGACUGCCGGUAGGUUCCAGAGCCCUACUGACAGGUUUUAAGAAAUUGGGAACAUGCAUACGUUUAAGCAGAGGUGUCUGGAAAGUCACAGCUCCUAAAUGUUUUUCUGCAAGUUGGUUUCUGUUUUGUCAGUUGUAAUGAAACAGACACUUCUGUAUGAUUGGAUCCUUAUCUAGGGCAAAUAGUUUGUAGAAUUUGUGUCACCAAAUAUCGCUGGAUUGUUCUAUUUUGGUAUCAGAGCCUUGAGUGGUCUUCGACAUUACGUAUACAUCCUGUGUGGCUUAAUGUAUCAAACGUACACAUUGUAAAGUCAGUUGGUAGUUACAUGCACGAGGUGUGCACAGAUGCAUGGAGGAAUCUUCCAUGAUCAGUACCAUGCGUAUCUGGACACCGUGGGAUGUGCCGGAAACCAGUUAGAAACAGUCUGAUAAUGAUGGUUGAUGAUAAUGUGGUUGGAUUUAUCGUUGCAUUGAUUUGAUCCUUGCAGUAAAAACAACUUGAUAAAUAUGAAAGUCUAGUUGGGAGCCAUUACUAACACUUACAUCGAAGGCUUCAAGUAUCACAACAGAAGUAAACACCAGAUUUUAUUUUACUGGUUUCGUUUCUGAAAAUCAAGUGUCAAUCUUGUUUCAUUUUCAAAACAAAUUUAAUGCGAAAAAGACAGCUUCAGAAUAGAAAAUAAUCAGCCAAAAUGAUUCAUGACAAAAAAGGUGGAAACAAGUUUGGUCUUCGGAUAUUUUCCAUAGAUCUUCCAAUCUGCCCUGAAUGUUACUUUCUCAUAAUGCUUUUGGGACCUGCCUAUAAUACGAAGGCAAUUAUCAUUUUAACUAAUGUUAAUUACUUGUACUAACCCUUUUUUAGCCAAUAACUUAAGCAGUGUGCAUAAAUGUGCAUAGUUUUGUCAUUCACAGUAAUUAUAAUCAAUACUAUGACAUGUACAUGAGGCAUAUGUAGUGAGGAGUAGAUAUUUAUUUGCAAUGUUCCCUUUUUAGUAACUCUGAAUUUUUUUUGGCUAAGAUCUUCUCACAAUCAUGAAUUGUUCUGUAUUUCAUUAAUUUAUUCAACUGUUAGGUAGAACUUUCAGUGCAAAGAUAUCUUAAAUAUCAAUCAACAUUUGACAGGCUGUGAUAAAUUUAUGCUGCGCUUUUUAGUUAGAAAUAAUUCUACUCUGCUAACUAAAAGAACACAGUAAAUGCAGUCAGAUAUCUUGCUUGGGGCCACAUUUGCUGUGCUUACAACUUGCAGCAUAUGAACCUGCAUUUUGGAGAAACUGUCACGGAACACAUAUCUCUACGUGGACAAAUGUUGCAUGUAGGGCAUCAGAAAAAAAAUCAAAGUUUUUUAUUAAACUUGUAUUCUGCAUUAUGACUAAUCUCUGCCCACUCUAUAUAUUCAUCCCGGCAUUUUCACCACUCCUACUUGCCGAAGAACAAGAUGCAACUCAUUUUGACCUGGUGAUGGAUUUUGAGAAUAAAUUUACCUGGAUGUUAUAUUUCCUUCGCGUUGAAGCUGAAAGUAUUUCUUAGCAAAAAAGAAAUGUGCGCAUUUAUGCAGGUACUUGUUCAUGGAUGUGAAUAAACGUUGUGAAAGUACUCAUUCGAAGCCGGUUCGUUUUAUUAUGACAACAAAAUUACGAACUCGGGUGGGAGCCAGUUAACAAAUUGUGUUCCUGUGGUAUUUUGAUCACAAGUCUGCACUCAUCUUUCUAUCAUUGUAAUACACAUUCCUACACUCUUGGAAAGCAUUUUGGCUUUUUGCUAUUGUAGAAUAAAUUCUUGUAGAAAAACUGUAGAAGGCUA